AUCUCUUAAAUAAAUAAGCUAUAUUGAGCAAACAAUGCCACAGAGCAUCACUCAGAGAUGUUAUUGGACCACCUCAAACAGCUCAUUGGUAGCCAUGAUGAACACACUCAACCAUGACCAUAUACUUUUAUUCCAAUUUUUUUCCCUGAUCCGUCUGUGCUGUAACCGGACGCGUGAAAAAAAAUCAACUUAUCUUGCAAAUUAAUUGAGAUUGUGGCAGAUUGUGAGCUGGGGCGGUGCGUUGAUGCUGCAUGUGGCCUCUGAACCCAUUGUUGUGUCGCGGCUGACGUCAGUGCCGUGUGUGCGGCAGACGGAGCGGCGUGCGCCUGGCGAGACAAAGGCGGCGGAGCGAGCGAGGUCAGGCGGCAGCACGGAGCAGAGUAGAGAAUCACUGGUUUAUAACUCAAAGGGAAAUCCCAGCCUCGGGUUUCAGCCGCGCUUCUCACUGACGAGACGGAGAAUGGAGCCUCGGCGUCACUCCUAGGAGUGUGCUUUGGCCUUCCGGGAAGAAAAAUCAACAUUGAUGCUCCCUUUUUGCAUUUUUUAACGUUUUUCCCAGCUCCAACGCCUCCCUUUUAGCUUUGCUAGUUAGCUGUCGCGCUAAGCUUAUUGCGCUGCACUGAUCUCAUCCUUUCUUGCUGCUUCUCGUCUUUCCCUCAAGACAGGGCGACAGGGGAAGAACGGAUAUCAGCAGCUAGAUAAACUGAGGGUGAGAUCACUCCUAAUAAACAGGCAUCCGUGAUCUGAUGUGAGAUCCACGGAGAGACUAUGCCUAGCCCUUUAUUCCACCCCGAGAUAAUGGACCACGACGUGGUGAUCAGCAGCCAGCACAGUGGCGUGGCUCUUCCCCGGGAGGCGGACCAGGAGUCCCGGGAUGAGGACCACCAAGAGGUUCUACGAUUCGCACUGGACCAGCUGUCACUCAUGGCCAUGGAUAAAGUUGACUGUGUGGGCGGAGGUGGAGGCAACGGGCUUGUGGACACUCUGGAUGGGACCCAGGGUCCGGUCUCCGAGAGCUGCAAUGGUGUUGUGGGCUACGUGGAUCUACAGAUGCUGGAGCAUCCCAGCGGGUCCCGGGACUCGCCGACGUCCUGCUCUCCAUCCCCGGAGUACUACGGCUCGGGCGGGUACCACAUGGCCGGGUCUCACUCCAUGCUCCACGGGGAACAAAGCUCCGUCCUCUGCAACAGGAAAAGAAGCGUGAACAUGACUGAAUGUGUGCCUGUCCCCAGCUCCGAGCAUGUCGCUGAAAUAGUGGGGAGACAAGGUUGUAAGAUCAAGGCCCUGCGUGCCAAAACAAACACCUACAUAAAGACUCCAGUCAGAGGUGAGGAUCCGGUCUUCAUCGUGACAGGGCGUAGGGAGGAUGUGGAAAUGGCCAAGCGUGAAAUUGUAUCUGCAGCCGAGCAUUUCUCCAUGAUCCGGGCGUCUCGCUGCAAAGCUGGAGGCCCAGGAGGAGGAGGCUCUCUGCCUGGCCCACCUCACCUACCGGGACAGACCACCAUACAGGUGAGGGUUCCCUACAGAGUGGUCGGUUUAGUCGUGGGGCCGAAGGGAGCUACCAUCAAGCGCAUCCAGCAGCAGACUCACACCUACAUCGUCACCCCCAGUCGAGAGAAGGACCCCGUCUUUGAGGUGACUGGAAUGCCGGAGAAUGUGGACAGAGCGAGAGAGGAAAUAGAGACCCACAUAACCCUCCGAACUGGAACCUUUGUAGACCUACAGGGAGACAAUGACUUCCACACCAACGGCACUGACGUCAGUCUAGAAGGCCUCGGCUCCCUGAGUGGAGGGCUCGGAGCAUCUCUCUGGUCCAGAGCUACAGGCCACCACUCCGCCCCUCCACCUCCACCACCUCCUCCUCCUUCCCCACCACCAUCUCUUCCCAUGUCCAUGCACCACUCCUCCAGCAGGAAGAUGUCCUCCUCGGUCGCGUAUCACACCCACAACAGCGGGAUGAGCUCAGACAGCUUCAGCUCCAACAGAAAGGCCAACGAGGGGGGCAGCCCCACCAGUCCUUUCAGCACAGGUUCCAGCAGCGCUGGAGGCGGUUUCACGUUUGGAGGUGACUCGACCCCGGGACUUACCUCCUCAGAUGAAUUGGGCUUCGAGUUCAGUGCUUCCAACAUCUGGGCGCCUUUCAUCAAUGGUGGAGCAGGGAAUAAGACCUCUGCGUCUUCUCAACAGCAGCCCCUGCGGCGCAACAGCAGCGGCCUCAGUGGCGGUGCCAUCACUCCACGAUUGUCUCCGACUCUGCCUCAGGACACGGGUGUGGGCCCCCUGGACCACCCACUGGCCCGUCGCGCCCAAAGCGACCCUCUCAGCACUCUGUCCUGGCUGCAGUCCGGCAGCACGGGCGGCGGCUCCUUCUCGGGCGCCUCCAGUUCCAGCUCCGGUGGCUCAUCAACUGGCUACUCCUCUUGCUCGGCCUCUUCCCUGCCCGGCGGUUCGCCCACUGACUCUGAGGGAGGCGGCAGCGGUGUAGGGAUCACCCCUGGGAUACUCAGCCGUCUCAAAGGCAGCUCUGGGGUCGCAGCUCUGGUCGGUGUCGGCCCCGGGGUCAACAGGGACUGCUUUGUGUGUUUCGAGAGCGAGGUGACAGCAGCCCUUGUACCUUGUGGCCACAACCUGUUCUGCAUGGAGUGCGCCGGGCAAAUCUGCCAGUCGGCCGAACCCGAAUGCCCCGUCUGUCACACUCCCACCACACAGUGCAUCCGCAUCUUCUCCUAAUGCCAUGAGCAACUGAGUGGCGAGGGCGGGGUUAGAUGUUAGGGUAGGGAUGGGAGGCAGACAGGCACCAGCUGUAUUGGAGGAAAUGGAAGGAAACACACUAAUAACCUUCACACAGAUGAUGGACCAUAUUAAAUGCAUUAAUAGAGAUGAGGAUACUUUAUGGAUGUUGAUAUAUUGCUGAUAACUGUUGAAUAAUACCAAUAAUAAUAAUAAUAAUAAUAAUGAUGAUAAUACUGACUUAUUUUCCGAGGGAAGUGGAUUGACACUUGUCUGCAGACAGUCGGGGCUCGGACAGUCUCUCAGCGGUGAACUUAUGGAAGGAAACUAGUGUCUUAUAUCUCUUCAGGCCUUCAUUUCGACGUGGAGCGGCCCACCCUGCGGGCCGCCCGCCCGCCCGUCCGUCUCCACGCGUCUUCAUUCUGGCUUCUUCCGAUCUCUGUCUGCUUUUCUCUCUCUCUUUCUUGCUCUCUGUCUCACAGCCUUUUUUUCCUUUUGACACUUUUGUACUACAAAUAUUUUUCGAUAAAGCUGUCAACGAGGCCUGCACUUUUCUACUCCUCAUUUUAACGCUCGCAACCCUCCAAUUGUCCUCCGCGCUCUUCGCUUGCUCAUGCUAAAAAAAAUGUUUCCUAUCGUGACACAAAGAGGAAAAGGUUCGUGGAACAUCUUUAUUUUUUUGUUUUUUUUAAGUCGGCAUGUUUGUCAGGCGCCUAUUGGAAAACACUACACUUCUCGAGGAACCUCUUCAGGUUAAAUUCUUUGUGCCACACAAUAUUUAGCCAUCCGAUAAAUAAGCCAAAUGAAUACUGAGACACACUCCUUGGUUCAGUUUGGUAACACGUUGGGUGAAACUUGGGAGAGUCCUCGCCACAUCAUUAGUGUGUUUGUUGAUUAUUCUGUGAUAUGUGCGAAAUGUAAAAUUUAUAGCAAUGCUGACGGCCUGUGAUUGUGGUCAGUUUGUAUGUUUGGACUGCCUGACAAUCCCUUCACAUCUCUAUUCUCGCGUGUUUGUGUUAGUAUGAUACCCAGUGGUACCAGUGUCAUCACCUCAAGUGGGCACCAUUUUGCUCAUCUGAUCCAUCUUGUCUGUUACACUUAGAUCUGCUCGUUUAUGUGUGUGUUUUUUUUUUUUUUUUGCUAGUUUAUGACUUGACUGUGUAGUGUGUGGAUAAGACAUAUUUUGAACUCUAGGAUGAGACGGGGCUUUGAUGUAACAUGAGAAGGUUUAGUCCAAUACGGUUUAGAAGGGAAGUCUUACAAGGGGCUUGAAUUUUGGUUCUCACCCACUAUAAUCCCUUUGUUUAAAAAAUAGAAACAGCUCUUACUGUUUUUGUUGCGGUCUUCCACCCCUGUCUCACAGCAAAGCUGUGCGGCACUCUCUCAGAUGACACUGUUGUACCUAUAGAUGGAUUCAACGCCACUCCACUUCCUUCUCCCUCAAAUGGUUGCUCCCCCUUCUUGGGGGAGCUAAAUACAAAACCCAAUGCUGGGACAUUGUUUACAUAACUGAAUACAAAAACUUGCUGGUCCAUCUCAAUGGAGGUCGGCUGAAGUCAUAUAUGUAACAGUACCAAUAUCCAAGCACAUAAAACUAACAGACAUUUUUAAUUGUUGCUUAUUUUAUGCUUUUGUUGCAUCGAACACCCCGCAGAUUGGUUUUAACUCCUGUUUGUCCCCCUGAAAGAGGCUAAGUACCUGGAUGUGUUAAAUCUAUCUAUACAGCGCUGUACUCUCUGCUAAAUGUAGUGCACUAUAUAGUUAGUAGUUUGAGAUUGGUCCUGUGUUUCCUAGCAUUAUUCCAAUAAGGCAGUAUGCCCUGUUUUGUGGGUUUUUUUCCCCUUGGGGAAAAAAAAAGUUCAACGAGUUUGCAGUAACUGCCUCUUUUAGUGUUAAAAACGCUGCAUUUCGGGCAGCGGAGUUUGUAUUGGUGGCCCCCUCUCUCUCUUUUUUUCCCCCUCACUCAUAGAAUGAGACAAGCCAUGACAACUGAACUAAAUCAGACAUUCUCAAGGGCUUCCUCUGACUGCACAGACAAAUAAUCACAUGUUCAGGCUCACACCGUAUAGGGAGAAUCAACUUAUCCUUUAUGGCAGCUAGUAGCUAGGUCAUCCAGGGCUUCCAGACACUUCUUGUGUUCAAUCCCAGCAGCUGCAGAAUGUUUUGCUGUUUUGUGUUUAGUUGUCGUUCCGGUUGUCCCUGCACACUCAUCUCAUUCUGGUCCUGUUGGUGUGUAGUGUGAUGUUUCUCACUGAUCAGGACAUGUUUUUGGUGCUCCAGUUAGCUUCAACUUGAUAGCAGUUCUGACUGCUUGUUUGCUGUUUCCGGAAAGGUUUGCAUUCACAUUUAGUUUUUUUGGUUUUUUUCUUCUUUUUUUUUUCCUGGAGGAGAAAAUGCAACCCGGGAGCUGGAACUUACUAAGUCUUUGCAAAGACUCGUCCAUGGUGCUUUUGGUGCAACUCCCUACUGAGUCUCAGAAACAAACAAACUCGCUGGUUAUAGCGAGGGGCUGCCAUUUACUUCUCAGAACACCCCCCACCCCCUCACUCGUUCCCGUCGUGUUAAAACCGGCAACAAGUCCCCCUUUCCUCCACUUCCUAUCGGAUCUGUUGCCGUGUUUUGCGUCUUCAAACUGGGAACAGAUGCCGGGCUGUCUGAAUGAGCACAUCUGUGAUGACUGGUGCGAGUCUGUUGAGGCCCUUUCUUUAAACUGUCCAGGCUGACAUGUUAAAGAAUAAAUUGUUGUAUUCUGCCAGAUGGCUUUUCAUGUUAAAUCUUAGAGGUUUUUCUGGCCAACGAGCAAAUGUUAGGGUUGAUGUACAGUAAUUUUAAAUGUUAAAAAGGUACAAUUUUUUUUUCAGAUUGACUUUUUUUGGUUUUUAGCUAAUUGUAUCCCCCCUCCCCUAAUUCCUUCCUUAAGGUUUGAAAACAGGGUUUCCUGAGGCAUGCAAGUCGGUGACCUCUGACCUUUUUUGUGAUGAGAGGGGGGAUGCUAAGAGAGCUGCGCCAGCGAAGGGGGUAACCCCCCCGCCCCCCUCUCAAGCCUCCCUGCUCUCUCCUAUUUUUGCUUUAAUUCUCUUUGUAUGCAGAACCAAAAUGUUAAAGCCGUCGGUGGACUAGGUUUCAGGCCUAACCUGUGUAAAUACCCUGGAUACAAUCAGCAGGAUCUUGUUUUUCAAAAGGCAAAAAGGACUUAAUUGAAGAUAAGUGUAGUUUCUAAAGAACAUGUAUCAUUAUUUGUAGGUUAACCAUCUGCAUGUCUUCAAAGCCACCUGGCAUUAGCUAAUAAUUUUUAAGAUGAAAAACAAAAACAGUUUUUUACAUGUUUUAUUUUUUACGAUUUUAUUUGCUUACCGAAAUAUCCCAGACAAUAAUGUGACCCUUUUUUUUAUUACUUAUUUUUUAUUUUCCUUUUUUUUUUUUUUUUCUUAUUUCCUGUGUACUACAUAUAGGCAAUUUAUAACAAAAUGAGAAAAAUUAUUGAAGAAAUUUUAAAAUUGAAAUAUAUUUUAUUUGAAAGUUUAUGGACCUUUUAACCGUGAGCCGGAGAAAUUGUAUAAUCGUAUAAUUUGAGCUGACUUGACGGUUAUGAGAAAUGUAUCAAGAGUUUUAUUUUUUAUGCUUCUUUAAUAAAGUCUUGUUUUUUGGUUUCAUUUUUUUACUGUAAAAAUACC